AUGGCCCCGGGAAAGCUGAAACUCACAUUCAUAGGCAACGAUUCUAAAAGAAAAAACGUAUGCAAGAAACGGAAGCAGUCACUGCUGAAGAAGACGGAGGAACUCAGCAUGCUUUGUGGCGUUGAAGCAUGUGCUAUAGUGUAUGGCCCCGAUGAUCCUCGGCCAGUGAUUUGGCCAUCCGAAUUGGGUGUCGAAAAUGUACUGCGAAUGUUCAUGAGCAUGCCACAUUGGGAGCAAAGCAAAAAGAUGGUGAACCAAGAGAGUUUCAUUGCACAAAGUAUCAUGAAGAGUAAAGAAAAGUUGCAGAAAAUUGUGAAGGAAAACAAGGAUAUUGAAAUGUCCUUGUUCAUGGCUCAUUGCUUUAAGACAGGAAUGUUUCAGCCUGAUAUCAAUAUGACCACAGCUGAUAUGAAUGUUCUUGCAUCCAUAAUUGAACAGAACCUGAAAGACAUUGAUAAAAGGAUGGAAAUGCUGAAAGCCAACCAGGUGAUACCAAACCAGCCCGAUGUUGAAACAUCAACAUUGCAACCCCAGAUAAUGCAUACACUGACAUACCAACCCCCUAUGCAAACAUUUUCAUUCCAACCGCGGAUUCAAAUACCAGAAUUCCAAACCCAGAUCCAAACACCAGAAUUCCCAACUCAAACAUACCAAUCCAAGAUGCAAACACAAACAUUUCAACCCCAGAUGCAGUCACCAGCAUUAUUCCAACCCCGGAUGCAAUCACUUGCAUUUUUCCAACCCCAGAUAAUGCAAACACCAUCAUACCAACCCCAGAUAAUGCAAACACCAUCAUACCAACCCCACAUGCAAACACCAGCACUUGAAGAUAUGACACUGCUUAAUUAUGGCAAUGGGUCGGGUAUGCAAAUGCAGCAGUUCAAUGGUAAUGGGUAUGAGACAACAAUGCUUGCAUUUGGAGGUGCUAACUUCCCUCUCUAA